CGUUAAAUCUGUUAAGGAGAGAAGGGAACUAAAUAUUUGCUUAACAUCUCAACUUACCAGUCACUGCUAUGUAAAAUGUAUGCAUUAACUGAUACAAUAUCACUUUUAUACUCAUUUCCUUAUUACAGAAACGAUGAAAAUACAGCAUCUAUUUUACAAGAUCACUAUCUUGAUUCAUCAUGGAGAACUGAGAAUGGUCUUAUUCCUUGGACUCUGGAUAGCACCAUCAGUGAAGAGAACAGAGCUGUCAUUGAGAAAAUGUUGUUGGAAGAAGAGUAUUAUUUAUCUAAAAAAUCACUUCCAGAAAAAUUCUGGCUUGGUCAGAAGGAAGGUGAUAAAAAAUACAUGAAGAGUCUGCAGAAAACAGCAAAAAUCAUGGUACAAUCUCCUACAAAACCAGCCAGUUUCUCAGUAAAGUGGACGAUAGAAGAAAAAGAGCUGUUUGAACAAGGGCUGGCUAAAUUUGGCCGAAGGUGGACCAAAAUUGCAAAGCUAAUUGGAAGUCGAACUAUUUUACAAGUGAAGAGCUAUGCCAGACAGUACUUUAAAAAUAAGGUAAAAUUAGAUGAUCCAGAGAAGGAAACACCAAAUCAGAAGAACAACAGUGAUUUUCAGAUUAAAAGUGAAGAUGAAAGCUCAAAGUCAUGGACCCCAUCAAGUUUAAGGGGACGUGCUGAUCCCAACUUGAAUGCUGUAAAAAUUGAGAAGUUAUCUGACGAUGAAGAAGUAGACAUCACAGAUGAGGCAGAUGAGUUGACUUCUCAGGCACCUCAGGAGAAUCCUAGUAGUGAUAUUUUAUUAGACACCUCUAAUAGUAAAAAUAAUGAAACCUACCAAGGAGAAUGUAUUACCUCUGACAGCAAGGAAGAUCCCAUUUCUAAAUCUUCCAAGGAAUAUCUUCAGAAUUCAAAGCACAUUGAGAUGGAAACACUUUCAAGCUCAGGAAUUAAAUUUUGGACUGAAAAACAGAGCACCACUGAUAAAAAAUCAGUUGAAUUAAAUGAUCAGAAAUGUAAUAAACUGAUGAAAAACAGUGAUAAGCACAAUGGAAAUGGAAUAGUAGAUGAUACCAGGUUGUUGCCUUCUCUGGAACCUUGUGAAGUUCAGAAAGAUUUGAGUGAUCAUGAAAUGCUUUUUCAUUCUUGCCAAAUGGAGGAGGAGCACCAUGUGGAAGAAGAGCUUAAGCCACCGGAGCAAGAAGUAGAAAUAGAUAGAAAUAUUAUUCAAGAAGAAGAAAAACAAGCAAUUCCUGAGUUUUUUGAGGGACGCCAAGCUAAAACACCAGAACGCUAUUUGAAAAUUAGGAAUUACAUUUUGGAUCAGUGGGAGAUAUGCAAACCGAAAUACUUAAAUAAGACCUCAGUACGUCCUGGCCUGAAGAACUGUGGGGAUGUUAAUUGUAUUGGACGGAUUCAUACAUACCUCGAAUUGAUAGGAGCAAUCAAUUUUGGAUGUGAACAGGCUGUAUAUAACAGGCCACAACCAGUUGAUAAAGUACGAAUCAGAGACAGAAAAGAUACAGUAGAAGCAUACCAACUUGCCCAGCGUCUGCAAUCCAUGCGCACAAGGAGGCGUAGGGUCCGAGACCCAUGGGGAAAUUGGUGUGAUGCAAAAGACUUAGAAGGACAGACAUUUGAGCAUCUCUCUGCUGAGGAGUUGGCAAGAAGAAGAGAAGAGGAAAAAUGCAAACCUAUUAAAUCUUCAAAAGUGCAAAGACCAACAAAAAGCUCAUUUGAUCCCUUCCAACUGAUACCUUGUAAUUUUUUCAGUGAAGAAAAGCAGGAGCCAUUUCAGGUGAAAGUGGCUUCAGAAGCACUUUUAAUAAUGGAUUUGCAUGCUCAUGUGUCUAUGGCAGAAGUGAUUGGUCUCUUAGGAGGAAGAUACUCAGAAAUUGAUAAGAUAGUCGAAGUCUGUGCAGCAGAACCAUGUAACAGUCUGAGUACAGGACUGCAGUGUGAGAUGGACCCUGUCUCACAAACACAGGCCUCGGAAGCCUUGGCUGUCAGAGGCUACAGUGUUAUUGGCUGGUACCAUUCUCAUCCUGCCUUUGAUCCCAACCCUUCCCUACGAGAUAUUGAUACCCAAGCCAAAUACCAGAGUUACUUCUCCAGAGGUGGUGCCAAGUUCAUUGGAAUGAUUGUUAGUCCCUAUAAUCGAAACAAUCCUUUACCAUAUUCCCAGAUUACCUGUCUGGUUAUAAGUGAUGAAAUUAGCUCAGAUGGCUCUUAUCGUGUACCUUAUAAAUUCGAAGUACAGCAGAUGUUAGAAGAACCUCAGUGGGGAUUAGUGUUUGAAAAGACAAGAUGGAUAAUAGAAAAAUACAGGCUCUCCCAUAGCAGUGUCCCUAUGGAUAAAAUUUUUCGCCGGGAUUCUGACCUGACUUGUUUGCAGAAACUUUUGGAGUGUCUGAGGAAAACUCUGAGCAAAGUGACAAAUCGCUUCAUCGCUGAAGAAUUCUUGACUCAAAUAGAAAAUUUAUUCCUUUCCAGUUAUAAAAGCAAGCAGGAGAAUGGAGUGGGUGAAGACAACUGUACUGUAGGUCCAAAGGAAUUGUUAAUGUAGUGAUUUUAAAGUAAGGCAUUUUAAUCUUGACAUAAUAGGUCCUACUGUCAUUUACAACCUUGAAUGAUUGUAAUUUAGUUAACAGUGACACAGCUUUGAUACUUUUCUCUAGUUCACAAAAUCGGAACUUUGCCACAUAAAUCAUGUGACAGAAAGAGAUAGGGACUUGUUUUUAUGUAGUGAGUACCAGAGUUUGUGUAAAUGGGUUUGCCACGUUGCUCCUGUCCUGUGAGCAGUGGCCAGCAAGCAGAGCAGCAGACUGAAGGGCUGUCUGCUUUACUGUUGUAUUCAGGUUGAUAAGUAGAAUGUGUCUCUAAUUUUUAUUUCUCCCUGAACUAGUCAUUCCAUUUUUGGGAUCUCAUGUCUCAUUAGGAGCACUUCCAUCCUUUCCCUGUGUUUUGGUGAGAUUUGUUUAUGGUUGCAAAUGACAUAUGGAUGGGUGGCCCCAGAGGUAAUUAACGUGGUUGAAAAUUACUGAUUUAAUAAAUCUAACAACAUGCUAUGUGAGGCCAGGGGCGGGCGGGGGGGAGAGCCUAAGGAGAAAAUCUUAAAAAUAGGGAAGAGGCCCAAAGGAGGGAAUCAAAUUACCAGUUUUUUAAUUAUAGAUAUUUGCUUCCAUUUUUUUUUAUAACCACAAUACUACAGAAUAUGCCAUUUCCUCAGCUUUCUGAAACAUUUUGUAUGGAUUUCAGAUAUAUAAAAUAAUUAGCUUCAAUUAUAGGUCCACACAUUAGUGUGUAUGUGAUAAAACCUCAUUUAACUGCAACACAGAUAAUCAUAACCCUCAAACUAGAUUCUUUUUCUACUACCUGCUAUCAAUAGAAAGAGGCAAAUUACAAUAAAGCUUAAAUAAAUCAGAGAUUUACUUUUAAAAACAAAAAAGCCUUCCAGGACAAAUUGCAUAUGCAACCCAAUUUCAUGUACUUUUUGAAUGUAGAACAGAAGUCAGCAAAUUUUUUAUGUAAAGGAGCAGUUAGUUAAUAACGUAGGCUUUGCUGGACACAUACUAUCUCUACCAGACAUUCUUUAUAUUUUUUUACAACCCUUUAAAAAUGUAACGCCGUUCUUAGCUCAUAAGCCUCACCAAAAAACACUGCUGGUCAUUACCUUCCAACCCCUGCUCUAGAGAAUUGCAGAUAAUUAGGAUUUCUUUUUAGAUGCAUAAGCUUAAGACACUGACAGAUCUUGCAUCAUUUUCAAACAAAUAAAAGUCAAAAUUGUGGUUUACAUUUAAGUACAUUUUUUAAAAAAAAACCUAACAAUCAUGCUGCCUGAUUUAUCCUAAUUGUAGUUUAUUUCUUUUAACCAUCAAAUUUAUAUUCAUUCUUCAAUAUUCUUAUUAAUAACAGAUUUAUUGUGUCUAAUCUGGGUAUGAUCCUGUAUUUUUACCUUUUUGGUUAUAAUCAGUAGCCAAGGAAGAAUAAGGCAGUACUAGAAGAAGCAGUGAUCCAG